CUGCUUUAACCAGGAGCUGGAAGACACUCAGUCUGUGAACAGGCUGCUUUACCCACCAGGACAGGAGCUGGAAGACACUCAGUCUGUGAACAGGCUGCUUUACCCACCAGGACAGGAGCUGGAAGACACUCCGUCUGUGAACAGGCUGCUUUACCCACCAGGACAGGAGCUGGAAGACACUCAGUCUGUGAACAGGCUGCUUUACCCACCAGGACAGGAGCUGGAAGACACUCAGUCUGUGAACAGGCUGCUUUACCCACCAGGACAGGAGCUGGAAGACACUCCGUCUGUGAACAGGCUGCUUUACCCACCACGACAGGAGCUGGAAGACACUCCUCCGUCUGUGAACAGACUGCUUUACCCACCACGACAGGAGCUGGAAGACAUGGCGCGCCUCGUUGCGGUUUGCAGGGACGGGGAAGAGGACUUCCCUUUCCUCGCAAGACAGAUUCCCUUAUACAUCGAUGACACUCUCACGAUGGUGAUGGAGUUUACUGACAGUGUCAUGAACCUUGACACUCACCAAAUCAACAGCUCUCAGAUGAAGCAGUUUGUCGAGCAUCACAGCAUGCUGAAGCAGCAGGACCUGAACAUCGCCAUGAUGGUAACUUCCAGGGAGGUGUUCAGCGCCCUCUCCCAGCUGGUGCCGUGUGUGGGCUGCAGGCGGAGCGUGGAGCGCCUCUUUUCCCAGCUGGUGGAGUCCGGGAACCCGGCACUGGAGCCCCUCACGGUGAAGCCCACCGGUGUGCUGUCUGUCACCAAGACCUGCAUGGCCGACGCAAAGACGCUCUACACCCUCUUUUACAUCCACGGGUCAAAGUUAAAUGACAUGAUCAAUGCCAUUCCAAAAAGCAAAAAGAAUAAACGCUGCCAGUUGCACUCCUUAGAAACACACAAACCAAAGCCUUUGGGAGGAGAAGGGAGCGUAGACACAAGGCUAGGUUUAGAGAAAGACAAAGAUGGAGGAGCCAAGACAGACGGCAGAUGUAGCGUUGUUAUUCACUCUGGACCACUUCAGGCCCCCAGCAGGGGAAGCUGGAUGGAUGUGUGGGAGCUCAUGUCUCAGGAGUGCAGGGACGAAGUCGUCCUGAUCGACAGCACCUGCCUCCUGGAGACCCUGGAAACAUACUUGCGCAAGCACAGGUUCUGUACUGACUGCAAGAACAAGGUACUGAGAGCAUACAACAUCCUUAUAGGGGAGCUAGACUGCACUAAAGAGAAGGGCUACUGCGCUGCCUUGUAUGAGGGACUCCGCUGCUGUCCCCAAGAGCACCACGUCCACGUCUGCUGUGAGACUGACUUUAUGGCACAUCUACUGGGCCGGGCUGAGCCGGAGUUCUCCGGAGGUUACGAACGCAGAGAACGACACGCCAAGACCAUUGACAUUGCACAAGAGGAGGUGCUCACCUGCCUGGGCAUCCACCUGUACGAGCGACUGCACAGAAUCUGGCAGAAACUGAGGGCAGAGGAGCAGACCUGGCAGAUGCUCUUCUGCCUCGGCAUCGACGCUUUACGCAAAAGCUUUGAGACGGCGGUGGAGAAGGUGCAGGGCAUCAGUCGUCUGGAGCAGCUGUGUGAGGAGCUGUCGGAAGAGGAGAGGGCCAAAGAGCUGAAGCAGGAGAAGAAGAGACAGAAGAAGAAGAACAGACGCAAAAACAAGUGUGGCUUCGACGUGUCUGAGCAGGAGGCCGAGGUCAAGAACCUGGCUGAGGGUUCAUUAGAGUCUGUGGAGAACGGUGGCUGCAAGGCCUGUGGAAGCCGAGAGGAGGAGGAUGAGGAUGAGGGGGAGGGGCAUGUCAGCUGUGUGGAGGUGGUCGUCACUAGCAACGAGAGCACUACUUCCUGCAGCUGCCCAGACAGCACCGUGCCCAUCCUGGGCUCUCCUAAAGUCAAGAAAGGUAAUGCUGUCACCACCAUCCAACCAUCACUCAAGACCAGACACCUGUCCCUGGGUCUUUCGCCUCACAGUAAUGGGAGUGACUGUGGUUACUCGUCUAGCAUGGAAGGCAGCGAGCCUGGCUCACAGGAAGGAUGUGACGUCGCCUGUGCUGAGGGCAUCUGCAACCACAACGAAGCAGGAGACUACUUGUGUGGUCAUCAAUGUGCUGAAGACAAGGAGGAGGACUGUAUGGACAGCUGUGUGGCGUGCUGGGCCAGCUCUGAAGAGAACACCAAGGGCAAGAAGAGGAAUAAGAGAAGAAAGAACAAUGGCUUGUUAUCUUACCAUCAGGGUCCAAAUGCAGAGGUUUGUGUUAUGGAAGAGAACAGGAACGGGCAAAACGCCGCUGCAACGUCACCCGUGUGCAGAACCAAAGAGACGUGUACCCAGUUGUGCCUCGACAUCUUUUCUAGUAUCCCACCGCAGUUACCACGUGCAGAACAUCGAAUGAACAUCAGCCAUGAUCUGGAGGAUACCAGUGCUAAGAGUCUCAUGGAACUGCUGGAUGACUCUGAAGUGACUUCCGAUGAAGAGAACUGCCUCACGCAGGAUGAGAUCCAGUCGUUUGUGGACAACAACAAGUCCUUCUACAACAACCGUGACCAGUACCGACAGCGCCUGAAAGAUAAAUUCACCAAGUACUGCCACGGAGGUGCAGAUUGGUUUGCUGCUGCCACCACCAGCGUCAAUUAAUGAAUUGGCUCCUGUUUCACUACUCUACUGUCAUGUUAUCUUGUUACUGGGACAACACACAUGGUGAUUACCACCCCUCUGCUCACACCACCUUUUAAAGGAGAAAGAAUUCAGUAGUACAUUUUAGUGUCUUGUUCAAUGAGCCCACCCUCCCUUUGUUAAAUGAGCCCCCACCCCCCUUUGGUUGAAGUACAUGUGGUUCCUAUUUUCCCACCUUUGUUCAUCUCUGUCACCUCUACCUGUUCAUCUUCUGUCACCUCUACCUGUUCAUCUUGUCACACCGUCCUUGUUGUUGUCCGUCCCACCCUGACCAAACCCGGUUUCUUUUCUGGUCUCAUUUUGUAGGGCUGUUGGUUUAGAGCACAGUGGAUCUGAUAAUUAAGCUUGCAAGCUGUGACAUUAGGGUUUAGAUUGUUAGUAGUCUUAUUUUUUUUGUUUUUGCAUUUUCCAUUUUUUUUUCUCUUGUCUCUUCCUCUGUGAUGCUUCAUUUUAGUGGGAAAAGUUGUACCAAUAAAUGUGUACAGAAAUUAUAUAAUCUGAAUAGAUUUUACAGUAAAACAUCCAUUUAUAACAGGGGUUGGAUGUGAUGUUAAGGGUGCAAUGUGUAAAAUUGACAAAAUAAAGAAUAUUUAUUAAUAUGCAUUAGAAA